CUGACUGUGAGUGGGGGUCCUCAUUUUGGUGAUCUUGAGAUAUUUGUUCAACUUUGUACUUUUGCAUGGCGCCCAACGCUACUGCAGCUACCGGUGCUGGCGUCACUGAUGACGAUGCACCCGCAGUUCCGACGCAUUCUAUUGCCAUGAAGCUGUUGGAUGUACGUCUGCAACCGGCUACGGCUAUUUUGACUUCGGUCACGGGCGAGUUCACCGACGUGGGUCGACACGAAAUUGCCGCACUUAAGGCCGGGGGUAUGAUUGAAAUUUACAGGAUUGUGACAGUGGUGACCGAAGACGCGGACGGUGAGGACGACGCCAGCAACGCUACAAGCAAAACGGUGAUCAAGUUAAUUUUGCGUGUGGAAACCCGCAGUGUACUUCGUUCUUGUGCGGUGGUACGCUUUCCGGGAGAAAAACGCGACGUUCUUGCCGUUACAGCCGAUAGUGGGGCCUUGUCUAUUCUAGAUUUUCUAAACAGCACCUGCAAGAUUCUGCAUUGCGCCGUGUUUGGCAAAACAGCCUGUCGGCGUGCGACGCCGGGACAGUACGUCGCGAGUGAUCCCAAAGGACGAGCCGUACUCGUGGCGGCUACGGAAAAACGCAAACUGGUUUACGUUUUGAACAAUCGUAGUGCCGAGAAUGCCGCGACUUCGCUGGUGGCGAGUCCGUUGGAAGCGCAUCGGGCCAGGACUAUUACGUUUGAUGUCGUUGGUAUAGACAACGGCUACGACAACCCAAUUUUUGCCGCUUUGGAAUUACAGUACCCGGAACAAGAAGACGCGGCUGCCACGACGUGGACUGCGUCCGCAGUGGAAAAGCAACUUGCUUAUUACGAAUUAGACUUGGGUCUAAAUCAUGUAAGUCGCCGAUGGGCGACAACGACACACCGAUCUGCAUGCUGUUUGGCGGCCCUGCCUGGUGGUGCCGACGGGCCCGGCGGAGUCCUGGUGGGAGGCGAAGAUUGGGUGGAAUACGUACACGAAGCCGCGUCCACGUCCUCCAACCAUAUUCGUAACCUAGCAUGUUCCAUCCCCCGUCGUGAACUCCAUCCGUCCGACAAGGGCAUUCUCAUCACGAGCAUUGUUGUACAUCGCCAAAAGAAAUCGAAAUUUUUUGCCUUGGCCCAGUCAGAACUGGGGGAUGUUUACAAAAUUAUAGUUCAGUUAAACGAACCUGACAAGACCAAAGUGGUUGGGAUGGAAAUUGCUCUUCUGGAUACUUUGCCCAACGUGAACGCAUUAAAUGUGAGCAAGUUGGGCAUGCUUUUUGCCGCAGCUUCGUUUGGCGAUCAUCACUUGUAUCAGUUUGAACGCAUUGAUUUGCCUGACGCUCCAAAAAAUACCAGUGAUGAGGCGACCAAGGCAUUGACCGCCAGUGGUAGCACAGUAUUGACGACGGCAUUAGCAUCUGAAAUUGCUUCUAAAUUCGUGCCAACUGUGUUGCAAAAUUUGCGAAAAAUUCACUCCUUGGACAAUCCUUCCCCGACGACUGGUGUUCUGGUGGGGGAACUGGCCGGCAAUGAAGUCAGUCCGCAGAUUUACGCGUUGACAGGCUCAGGUCCGACGAGUGCGUUGCGAGUAACACGCCACGGUGCGUCCGUCACUGAGCUCGCAGUUAGUGAAUUGCCCGGCGUACCGGGGGCUAUUUUUACUAUCGGUACUGGGAACACUGCAGGCGGCAAGAAAUUAGACCAAUUCAUUGUUGUUAGCUUUGCUGAUGCCACACUUGUCCUAAGUGUCGGUGAAACAGUCGAAGAAGUUGGUAAAGAAUCUGGUUUCCUGACAAACUCUCCCACACUGGCCUGUUCGGCGCUAGGGAGCGACGGUGCCUUGUGCCAAGUGCAUCCCGUCGGAGUCCGGCACAUUCAAAAUGGUCAGGCCAAACAGUGGCAUUGUCCUGGUCUCAAACGCAUCGAGUGUGCGAGCGCCAACGAGAGUCAAGUAAUUGUCGCGUUAGCUGGUGGAGAAAUUAUCUACUUCGAAUUGGAUCCAAUGAGUGGCAAUCUGAUGGAAAGCGCGACGAGAGAGAUGGGAGCGGAUGUCUGUUGUUUGGAUGUAGGGACUAUUCCGAAAGGUCGUAGUCGGAGUCUGUUCGCGGUGGUUGGCUGCCGCGAUCAAACGGUCCGCGUAAUUAGCUUGGAGCCGGACAAAACCAAAAUUUUGUCUCAACGCAGUAGUACCGCUUUGAAAGCCCGUCCUCAUUCGGUUGCAUUACAAAUGAUGAAUGCAGGUGUAGCCAAUAGCAAUGCCAAUGUCGAUGAUUUGACCCUCAUUAUUGGUUUAGACGAUGGUAGCUCGUUGCGAGCGAGCAUUGAUCCAAUCACGGGGUCGAUUGGUACGAGUCCAACGCGUCGCUUUCUAGGCGCUCGCCCAGUAGCAGUAUCGCGAAUUUCGUUGGAGUCCAACCCGGCGACACUUCUGUUGUCGUCACGUCCUUGGAUUACGCGCCGCGAUGCUGCUUCUGGAAAACAUAUUAUGGCACCGUUGUCGUACGCCCCCCUGGACCAUGGCUGCUCCUUCAGUUCUGAUGCCGUGAGCGAAGGGAUUGUCGCGACCGCUGGGAAAACGCUUCGCAUUUUGUCCAUUGAGUCGUCAGGUAUGGAAGGUGGCGAUGACGAAGCCUUUAAUACCAACAAGAUUCCACUCCGCUACACCCCUCGUCAGAUGACCCUCAUGUCAGCGACUCCUUCGAACGCACAAGAACGCAAGGUCGUUUUGGUCGUUGUUGAAAGUGAUUGCAACGAAUAUGGGGAAAAAACAGGCGGCAAAGAGGACGAUGCCAUGGACGUAGACAGUGAUGACGAAGGAAGAAAAGAAGACCUAAAUCAGGGCGACGACGAAGAUGAUGAAGAAGAAAAGGCAAUGAGACGAACCAGUAUUCGUGGGCCCGUUCCGUCCAGUCCAGGACAUUGGGGAUCGUGUGUUAGGUUGCUCGAUCCUUCGAACUCAUGCACUACGCUUGAUUGUAUAGAAAUGGGACGAAACGAAGCGGCACUAUGCUGUGCGUCGGUCCGGUUUCACUCAAAAGGUGGUGAACCCUUGCUCGCUGUUGGAACUGUAACCGGAAUGACUAUGCACCCGUUGAAGCAGGAUUCGAGUCACAUCGUGAUUUAUCGUAUCGUCAACGGAGACCGUUUUCAGCUUUUGCAUCGAACUUCGGUGGACGACGGUCCUGUCCUUUCCCUGGCUCAUUUUCAGGGCCGGCUUCUCGUCGGAAUUGGAACGACUUUACGCCUCUACGAAAUGGGCAAGCGCCAGCUUUUACGAAAAAGCGAACUACGCAAUUUCCCAACGUUUGUCAAGACUGUCCAGACAGUCGGAGAGCGUGCCUACAUCGGUGACAUGAUGCAAUCCAUUCAAAUUGUUCGCUACGACGUGUCAGCAAACCGGCUGGUUCUGAUUGCGAACGAUGCUAGUCCUCGACCUAUCGUCUGCCAAGAACUUCUUGAUUGGAACACUGUCGCGGUCGGAGACAAAUUCGGAAAUAUAUCAGUAAUGCGAUUGCCACGAGGUGCGGACACUUCUGCUAUUGAUGUAACCGGGCAGCGCGCGCUCUGGGACUCGUCACGGGAAGACAUGAUCCCGAAGCUUGAGCUGCUGUGUCAGUAUUACGUCGGAGAAGUGGUGACAAGCAUGACUCGCUCUUCUUUGGUUGCAGGGGGUGCAGAAUCUCUUAUUUACGUGACAGUUUCGGGCCGUAUUGGCGCGUUCGUUCCUUUCACGAAUCGUAACGACGUUGAUUUUUACAGUCAAUUGGAGUCUGAGCUUCGCGGGGACGCUUCCCGGCCGACGGGACGCGAUCCUCAGUCGUAUCGCUCAUAUUAUGCUCCAAUGAUGCACGUGGUAGACGGUGAUUUGUGCGAUGCUUUCAACUCUCUGGGACCCGAAAAGCAGAACAAAAUUGCCGAGAAACUAGAUCGUACCGUUGGUGAAAUCAUGAAAAAGCUAGAAGAUACACGUAACGCAUUGCUUUAA